ACAAUCUGUAAAAGAAAAAUAAUAGAUCAAUACAAAUGACACAUUAUUAAAAAAAUAAUCUUUGUUUUUCAGUGCCCCAACACCACAGAGGAGUGGAAGAAGGUGGCAAAGGGAUUCCAGGACCAGUGGCAAUUUCCUAACUGCCUUGGUGCCUUGGAUGGGAAACACAUCUCAAUUAUCCCUCCACCAUCCUCAGGGUCUACUUUUUAUAACUAUAAACAUAGCUUCUCAGUUGUGUUGAUGGCCCUGGUGGACAGCAACUACCGCUUCCUUUAUGUGGAUGUGGGGUGCAACGGCAGGGUGUCUGAUGGUGGGGUUUUCAGGGGCUGCUCACUCCAGCAGUCCCUUGAGCAGAAGACAGCCAACAUCCCCGACCCUGCACCACUUUCUGGUACAGAGCUGCUCUCACCCUACACCAUAGUGGCUGAUGAGGCUUUCCCGCUCAAGGAGUAUAUCCUGAAGCCCUACUCUAGCCGCGGCCUCACCCAGGAGCAGAGGAUUUUCAAUUACCGGCUUUCAAGAGCACGGAGGGUGGUGGAAAAUGCCUUUGGCAUACUAGCAAACCGCUGGCGUGUCUUCACCACAAAGAUCCACCUGCAGCCAGAGACUGUGGACAAGAUUGUCCUCGCCUGUACCGUGCUGCACAAUGUCCUACGUGACCAGUGUGGUGAUGGCUACACCCAGCUUCCCAGCGAGCGGGAUGGCCCUGGUGAACAUGGUCCAACCCUUGCCCAGGCUGCACUACCACGCAGCACAAACACCACUCUGCAGGCUAAAGGCUCGAUUCCACCGGAGGCGUACGCGCCGCGGUCACCGCUGCUGAUCGCUUCCACUAUAAUCAAUGAGACCAUUUCCACCGGGCGCGCCGCGGAACGUUUCAGCAGCGUCCCAGGAGCGGCGUGCCGCGCCGCGGCGCUAUCUUUCCGUCCAAUUCUAUUUUUGCCGCGAGCCGCUGCUAAACCGCGUCAAUUUCGACAGAGCAGGUCGAGCCGGGCAGGAAGUGAAAAGUAAAAGCCAUAGAGCAUCCGGUCAAUUUUCAAAAUAAAACACAAUACUCAGCUCAUGUAACUUCACAUCAACAUUAUUACGUCAUGACCGGUGGGUCUCAGAGGGUCGGCAACAUGGACGACGAGAGACUCAUUGUCGAAGUUCAGCAACAUGAAGUCAUUUAUGUACCAAAUCAUCCUUUUUAUAAGGAAAAUGUCAGAAAGGACAAAGUGUGGCAUUUAAUUGCAAUCGUUUUGGGAGUGGAAGGUGAGUACAUUAGGUUUAGGAUUAUCGCGUGAUCUCGCGUGAAUACGGCUGGCUCGCAAGGCAGCGCUACGCUGCCGUUACGCGCCCGGUAGGAAUGGACGCAGGGCAGAGGACGCAGCCGUUCCGCGGCGCGUACGCGUCCGGUGGGAUCCCGGUG